CUAAUUUAAUGUUCAUGACUAACAGGUGGUCUGUUAUGACUAGUUUACGCCUCCUUACUCUGGGCGGUCUGGUCGUGUUGUGCACCUGCUAGCUGGCUGCUAGUCAUCGGCAGUGAUGCUAAUCUGCAGGUGUGCUCUGAUCACAGCGACGCUUUGAUUGCAGACCCCAGUUUAAUUAAUGGAUGGGGAGAUGUGGUGCUACCAGAAACCGGGGUUUGCAGCCCUCCUCCUCGCUGAGCUGCAGAGACAGCAACAGUGCAACCAGUUGUGUGACACUGUGCUCAAGACAGAAGGUGUAUCGGUGCCAGCACACAGUUGUAUUCUCUCAGCUAUCAGCCCCCACAUCUCCUCCGCUCUGUCCUCCACGCCGCCGCCCCCUGCAGGACAGAGCCGUCUCUUGGAGUUUCGGGCUCUCGGCGCUUGCACCCUGCUCCACCUGGUCAGGCUGCUGUACUCUGGAGAGAUGGCAGGGGAGGGGGAGAAGGAGAAGCAAAAGGCAAUUUCUGCUGCAGCCAAGCUGGGCAUCCACGGGCUGGUGGAGGUCACAAAAAGAGAUCGUAAAAGCGGAAAUGAGGAAGGAGAAGGCCGGCAUACAGACGUAGGAGUGCAGACGGAGCCACUGAUGCCUGAGGAGAAUGAGGGGAGACAGGGCAGGUGGAGGAGAGAAGUGAGGGAUGGGAGCACCUUUCUGUGGAAAGAGACACUGUCAGAUGGUGAAAAAGACACAUGGACUCAGACAGAGGAGCUGCAGGUAAACACAGCUCCCCCUUCUCACCCAGCAGCCUCCUUUGAGACCAUUGAUAUGGCUGCUUUCCAGAGUUUAGGACAGACAGACCGCCAUCUUCUUCCCCCUCAAAUUCCCUACGUCCCUAUAUCCCUCAUCUACCCACCAGAUGAAAAUCAAACACACCAACUUUCCUCUGCUCCCGUGUGGCAAGAAUCCACAGCAGCUGGGGACACAUCUGUUGCUGUUGUGGCACCACCGUGCACCUCCGCCCCCCCGUCCCUCCUUACUUUUUCCAGCCAAGAGACCCUAGGUGCUGCUGACCCUCAGGGCUGGUGGGCUGGCCCUGAAGGAGCAGCCAGAGAGGACGAUCAGUUUGAGCAGUUUCAAGGCAACAUCCCAGGAUACAUCAGCUACUUCCUGAACCCGAACAAGGAGGAGGGCUCCCGCAGAGGGCAAGCAAGGAGGAGGCAGGGAGCAGGAGUGGGAGGUGCCAGGAGAGCCGGGACUGGUGAGAAAAGAGCCAGGAGACCACGAGCAAGAACAGGAGGGAGGGGGAGAAGAGGGUUAAUGCAGACAGUGGAUGUGCAGGAAGUGGGGGUGAGCAGGCUGCAGAAGCUGUUCCUGCAGAGGUGGGGGAUGAGGGCGUCCAGGCCGGGUCAGGGCGGAGGAGCUGUAGGCAGGAAGUUGCACCUGAAGACCAGAGAGCUUCUGAAGCCAGCCAAGAGUCAUAGGAGAAGAGGGCGCGGCAAAGUGUGGGAGUUCAGCCAGAGUGGAGACCUGCUGCCGUACAGUGAGGGAGGAGGAGGUAACACGCAGCGCGGGCGGAGGAAUACAACACAACAGUUUAACCAGGAUGGUCUCCCUGUUGGCAGGGCUAAGAGGUCAAGGGCCAAACCAACAACAUCAGUUUCCAUUUCUUCUCCUCCCAUGCAAUUCUACAAUGUUCAUAACUUAUCUGCCUCCAGCCCCUCCCUCCAGCCUUCUCCACCCCCGGGCCUGCUGUCACCCACAGCCUCCCACGUGUCUCCAGCAUCGUCCCUCCUCCAGACGACCUCCCUCCCUCCUACGGCCCCUCCACCUCAUGAGGAACAGCCAGAACACUUUGAUCGUCUACUGGAAGAAGUGAUGAUGGGCCUCGACAUUUUACCAAACAACAACAACGGUGGUCCACAUUCUCAGCCUCCUCUUUCAACCAGUAGCAGCCGUUAUACCUAUGCCUCCUCUGGCAAUACUUUGGCCUAUAACAAACAACCAGGCUGUACCACUGGGACCCUGGAAGCAGGUCCAAGUUUCCAUGGGCCCACACAGGUUGUUGCUGUAUCAAGAGGAGCUGGCGGCUCCAGCUCUGCAAACAGUGAGGUGCCCCUUCUGCAGCAGAAGGGAGAGAGAGAGCUGAAUGAAAUGCUGGAGCAUUUCCUACAGUCCUUUGAGCAGCACGUUGACAGCUUCUCUGCCAGGGAAGAGGUGGAGAUGGGUGGUCAGAGCUGCACAGAGGCUAGCCAGCCUUACACUGUCCUGAAUAAAUACAGAAAAACCAACACCCCGACCACAAGCUCUCAAAGAACUGAACUGCAACAGAAUGAUGAAGCUGAAACACCGUCGAGACGUUCACGGCCACGCCAGGUUUCUGCUCGCAGUGCCGUUCCACCCAAACAUACUAAGGGAACACCGGGGGAAGUCAGAGCGCCGACCAAACCACAGAAAAAGAGACGACAAAAUCAGUAUCUGAUCACGUCGGAGAAAAAGAGUGUGAGGGUGAGGAAGCCAGUGUCAUUGAGUGACGCAAAGACCAAAAUUGUUCAUGACCGAGGAGACAAGCAGCUACAGCAGAUGCCUGUGGUGAAACUGGAGAGGAAUGGCCUGCUGCCAGUCAGACUUACACUGCAGGGACACAGCUGUCAGAGUCUGGAAGUCAAGAGUCCUGCCAAAACAAAGACCAGUUCAGUGAAAUACCCACGUGGCAGCUUGUCUGACAAGACUGACAAGACAGUCUCCUGGAGCACAAAGAAGUACCCAAUCAGGAGUAGGUUUAGGGAAGCACAUAUGGACAGUAUGCCCUUUCUUGUGGAGCCACUUCCAGACAAACAGCCACCCUCAGCAGGACAACGAGCUCGCAGGCGAGGCAGGACCAAGAAAAACGGACAACUUCUCAGUUUAACUAAUGGUGAAAGUUCAACCCCACCAAUUCAGCCACAGCCUGUGGAUGAACAACUAGAGAGACAUGAAGAAGAAUUGACUGUCCAGCCACAGGAAGAGGCAGAGGGACCUACAAGGAGGGGAAUGAAGAGGGGAGCAGAGUCAGAGGAGGAGACAAGUGAUGGUGCCACUAUGGCCAAGAGAGCUUUCUUUGAGCAAAUGGCACAGCCGACCUCUGAAACAUGCAUACCAAGCACCGAAGCUGCAGACUUUGUCUCUGAACCCGCAACCACAGAAAUAGAGGACGUAAUCGAUGUGGAAACUGUUUCGCUGACCAGUGUUAGAGAUUUUUUACAAAGAGAAGAACAAAAACCAGUGUGGAGUGAAAUCAAACUCAGAGAAACUGAGGAAAGUUUGAUGGAUGAAGAGAAGAAGAGCAGCAGUAAUGAGAUAAUCGAUGUGGAUGGAGAUGUGGAAGAUGACUGCCACAAAGAGGCAGAAAAAGGCCGCCGCCAAAGCAGAACAACUCUGUCACAUUUUGUUAAAGUGAACUCUUUUGUUUCACCUCCUUCGCAUUCAGCUGAAGAGGUCAGUCUGGGGACGACAGGAAGCUGGGAAGAGGACGAGGUCAUUGACGUGAUUGGAGAUUCUAGUCCUGUCCCUGAUCCGGUGAUCAUCAGCUGGACAGAGUCUUCAGAGGGCGAGGAAGAGGAAGGAGACGAGGAUGUUGAUGUUGUCGGAGAAAAGAUAGACUGCGCUUCAUCAGCGAUCUUCAUUACUAAGAGUAAAGGUGAGCUUGUUAACAGAAAAUAUCAGACUGAGAUGCUCUUACAUUAGCAUCUGUGAUGUCCCGUCUAGUGCCAACUUUUCUACUCGUCUUCUUCAGUUCGUGUUAUUUCUUACAUUUCCCAGAAAGCAUUCCUGAAUUAGUUUCAUUAGCUGUGAGUUACAGGGCAGGUAGAGAAAUGUAGUUUUAUCAUGAAUAUCUUCUGUUGUGUGUUGCUGCAAACACACUGACAAUCACGUGAGGGAUUUUUUUUUUCCUAUUCUACCAAUGUUUAGGAGAAAAAGAGCUGUGAGCAACAUGUUAGCUAUUUGUUUGGAUUGAAAGACGCGCGUCAUGCAUAAAGACAGUUAGGUGAGUUUAAUCAGCAACAAAACAACAGGACUGUAGUUUGUCUGCAGCUAUUCAGUUUCCGUAUCAGUAUACAGACUCAAACUGUCACAGGUGAUCGGGAUUGUUCAUUUUGUACAUUUUGUACUUUGUAGAUAUUCAGCCAUUGAUUUUAUGCAGAGCUGCAAGUUGUUACUGCUAAGUUCAGUAAUUUAGGAUUGUUAAGCAGAUAUAUUCAGCAACGUUUGUUUUAACUGUCGAGUGUUGAAAACAACACUAACUGAACAUCGUAGAAAAGGUUUCAGUCGUAGUCAUCUG